AUGGCCACGGCCCGUCCCCCGCUCCCCCUGAAGACCCGCCUCAUCAUCGCCGCCAUCACCGCCGCCACCGACGCUGCCUGCCGCCGCGACGGCACCGUCAACCGCCGGCUCUUUAACCUCUUCGACCGUAGGACCCCUCCCAACCCCAGCCCCAUCGACGGCGUCGCCACUGCCGACCACACCGUCGACCCCUCCCGCCACCUCUGGCUCCGCCUCUUCUCCCCCGCUUCCCCCGCCCCCGGCCCCGGCCCCCUCCCCCUCAUCGUCUACUUCCACGGCGGCGGCUUCACCUUCCACUCCGCCGCCAGCAGCCCAUACGACGGCUUCUGCCGCCGCCUCGCCCGCCGGGUCCCCGCCCUCGUCGCCUCGGUCGAGUACCGCCUAGCGCCCGAGCACCGUUGCCCGGCGUCCUACGACGACGGCAUCGACGUCCUACGCUGGCUCGGCAACGGCGAUCUCGUGCCUGACCUGUCCGCCGUCUUCCUCGCGGGUGAUAGCGCCGGGGGAAACAUCGCCCACCACGUGGCGCGGCGGGCGCGAAGGGAGGCGCUGGGUCGGGCCAGCGUGGCGGGGCUGGUGGCCAUACAGCCGUUCUUCGGUGGGAAGGUGCCGUCGCCUUCGGAGGAGCGGCUGGGUGGGAUGCCCUUCGGGAAGCUGGAGCGGUUCGAGUGGAUGUGGAGAUCGUUCCUGCCGGUGGGCGCGGACGGGGACCACGAGGCAGCCAACGUGUUCGGGCCAGGGUCCGCGGCGGCGGACGACUUUGAGGAGGGCUUUCCGGCGACCAUGGUGUGCGUCGGCGGGUGGGACGCGCUGCAGGACCGGCAGCGGUGGUACUGCGAGGGGCUGAAGAGGAACGGGGUAGAUGUUCGCGUCGCCGAGUACCCGGACGCCGUCCACGCCUUCUACGUCUUCCCGGAGCUGCCCGACGCCCACAAGCUGGUCGAUGACAUCGCCGAUUUCGUCCACCGGCGGAUGGACGAGCUCAGCAAGCCCGUCGACAAAUGA